CAUGCGCAACUCGUGAAAACAUUUAGUACUAAUCGAAUGCCUCGAGUCAAGACUAGUGUAAACAAAAAUGGUUGAUAAAAUUGGUUUAGUUAUUACAGUUGAUUAUUUUCUAGAAGAAGACGACGUAGAAGAAGAUGAGGAUGAUGUUUUCCCAUUUCUACUUGAUAGUAGGUUUUUUCGGAGAGAAAACGUCCCGUCUGUCCAAAGUUUUUUCGAAGAGGUUGUUCCCAGAUUGUCUUCCAAUGAUUUUGAACGUCAUUUUAGACUCACAAAAGAAACUUUUAACAGAAUAUUACAAGAGAUAGAACCGAAUAUUUCAAAGAUUGUCAGAACAAUGGGCAAACAGCCAAUCGUACCUAAGAAAAGAACUAUGAUAUGUAUUUGGUACCUUUGUAAUAAUACAAGUAUGAGAGAAAUUGCCUUGCUGUUUGGCCUCUCACAAUCGACUGUAUUUGAAUGUAUUCACGAUGUGUGUGAGGCCCUUUGCUCAAUUCGUAGCAGAGUUAUAACAUGGCCAGAUCUUCAAAGACAGCAAGAAAUAUCAGAACAUUUUGAAGCCGAGUGCAAAAUACCUGGCAUAGCUGGAAUAAUUGAUGGGACUCAUAUUACAUUAACAAAUGUUCCAUUUGAAGAUACAGAUUACAUCAACCGCAAGGGAUACCCCUCGAUUCAACUCCAGGUCAUUGUUGACCAUAUGCUGCUAAUAACUAAUAGUUUCGUUGGCUGGCCAGGCUGUACUCAUGAUUCCCGCGUUUUUAGAAACUCACCAAUCUAUGAGGAAUUGGAGAAUGCGAUGCUCUACCCAAAUAUAUUCAUAAUUGGAGAUUCGGCAUAUCCUCUUAAGCCAUACUUAAUUACUCCCUUUAGAGAUAAUGGACGCCUCACUGCUGCACAAAGACAUUUCAAUAGGAAACUGAGUACAUCUCGUCAAACUGUGGAAAGAGGAAUUGGUUUACUUAAGGUGUCGUUUCAGGAGGCUUACAAGUUUACCUUGUUUUGAUGUGGAGCGAACAUGUAAAGCUAUUACAGCAUGCUGUGUGCUUCAUAACAUUUGUAUACUUUCAAAUGAUUCAGUGAAUGACAUACUCGACAACAAUUUUCCUGACAACAAUGUUAACAAUUAUGGCCAAUUGUAUGCAAAUGCCCCAACCGGUGUACAUCGUCGCAAUGAGAUUGUUCAGUAUUUACAGACUUUGUGAUCCACUUAAAUAAAAGACA